AUGGGACUUGUCGUGGUUGCGGUAACAGAAAAGUCUUCAUCAAUACUAGCCCUAAAAGACGAUCCGGACGAAGAGUCUGACCACACAGCCGUUUCGGAACUAAAAGAAGAAGAUAGUGACGAAUCCGAGUCAGACGAAGAAGAAGAAGAAGAAGAAGAAGAAGAAGCCAAUGAAACAGAUGAAGUGGAGGAAAACAAACUCACAACAAAGUUUGAGUUUGAUGGUAUUGAAUACUCAUUCAAGGAACGGCCUUCAGUGCUUGAGGAGAAGGAGGGCCGCAUCGAGUUUCGAGUGGUGAACAAUGACAGUUCCAGAGAAAGCAUGAUUGUACUCACGGGACUCAAAAACAUCUUCCAGAAGCAGUUACCAAACAUGCCGAAGGAGUACAUCGCGCGCUUGGUGUAUGACCGGAGUCACUUGUCGAUUGCGGUGGUACGAAAGCCGCUCACGGUCGUGGGAGGUAUCACGUACAAACCGUUCAACAACCGGAAAUUUGCGGAGAUUGUGUUCUGUGCGAUCAGCUCGACGGAGCAGGUUCGAGGCUAUGGUGCGCACAUGAUGAACCAUUUGAAGGACUACGUGCGCGCCACAUCGGAAAUGCGGCACUUUUUGACGUAUGCCGAUAACUACGCCAUCGGAUACUUCAAGAAACAAGGGUUCACUAAAGAAAUCACUCUUGAGAAAUCUAUCUGGAUGGGUUACAUUAAGGAUUAUGAGGGCGGGACAUUGAUGCAAUGCUCGAUGCUCCCGCGCAUCCGGUACCUCGACAGCGCAAAGAUUCUCUUGCUCCAAAAGGCGGCUAUCCAGCGCAAAAUCCGCUCCAUUUCCAAGUCCCAUAUUGUACGAGACGGUUUGAAUUGUUUUAAAGAGAGUAACUUCAAGCCCAUUGACCCGAUGACGAUUCCCGGGUUGAAGGAGGCAGGCUGGACGCCAGAGAUGGAUGCUUUAGCCCAGAGACCUAAGAAGGGACCACACUACGCAUUUAUGGCCAACUUGUUGACCGAAGUACAGAACCACCCAUCUGCCUGGCCGUUUAUCCAGCCUGUAAACAGGGUCGAGGUGGCGGAUUACUACGAGGUGAUCAAGGAGCCGAUGGACUUGAGCACCAUGGAGACCAAGUUGGAGAACGAUCACUACGAAACGUUGGAGGAGUUUAUCUACGACGCCAGGCUCGUGUUCAACAACUGCCGGUCGUACAAUAACGAGACUACCACGUACUUCAAGCACGCAUCGAAAUUAGAGAAGUUCUUCAGCAACAAGAUCAAAGAGGUGCCCGAGUAUUCUCAUAUGAUUGAAUAG